UAAUCACUGUCUAUCUAAGCAGCAGCCAUGACUGCAAUGGAAUAAUAUCUUAACUGCAGAGGAAGCUUUCAGAUAGCUCCUAAGUGGACCGGAUGGGCUGGGAAUGGCCGACGGGGCUUCCUAUACUAAGAGGGGAGGACCACUCCAUCCUGGCUGGCCGUUCUCCAUGCCUGAGAUGUCAUCAUUAGACGCUGCUCCAGAGACCUAAGGGAGAUGUGUCCAGGAGAAGUGUCUGGUUCUGCUCCUUUCCACUGAGGCUCAAUGGCCCAGCCAAGUAUGAAAGUGAGACCUGUGCUGCUCAAGCGUAACAGCCUAGAGUCGGUGGAGCUGGUGAAGCCACCUCACCACCGCCGGAGCAAAUCCCAGCAGGUGCGAUUCAAGGAAGAUGGGGCCACUAAGAAUCCAGCUGGCCUAGCUGCAGCUGACGCCCAGGCUCCUGAGGAUCCGGCUGUGAUGGGGAAGACGCAGGCGUCCCGGCACCAUCAUCCCCCCGCCUACUCGCUGUCCUUCCCCAGGUCCCAGAAGGCAGGGGGCUUUCGGAACAUCGCCAUCCAAACCUCCCCCAGUCUCAGGAAGCAUUUCCCAGUUUUCAAAAGGAAGAAACUCACAGCCAGCAAGUCCCUGGUGGAAAUGCCAACAGCCUCCCCAAGUGCCAUCCAGGUCAACGGCAACCUCUCGGAACAGGACAUCGUGUCUUCUGAACUUGCCUACCUAAAGCUGGCUCAGCACCUUGAGGAUGGGCCUCGAAGGGUCAAAGUGUCCCAUCCAUUUCUCCCAAGGGUGUCCAGGGUGCAGAGCAAUGGGCCUGUUAGCAUAUGCUUGGAAGCUGGGUCUUGGAGGGCCGCAGAGAAAGCAACGGCUGCCAUUCAGGUCCCAGAUGAUUUUUAUCACAGUCCUUCCUGGGAAGCGAGAGCAUCCACCCUUAGCCCAGCUGAAUCGACUGAAAGGAGCAACUCCAUACCACCUUUGAUUGACAGGUGUCCAGGGGAGGGGAGAAGGGUGCUGACAUCAGAUUCAGAAAGAUCUCCCUCUGGCUUGAUUACCACCAGUGGUGCCAACUACACACCAGGCACAGAAAAACUCAAGCACGAAUUGCUUUUGCCCAAAGACAACUCUGAGGACAGAGAUCUUGGCCCUCUGUCAUCUCAGUCAAAGGAAACGUGUGUUCCUUCAUCUCCACGAACUCACAGCUCCCCCGUGCCAGGCUCCCAGAGCCAGCCCACCCAUCCAGAAAGAGACUCAGAUGGUCCUGCAUCUGGUGACAGUCACCAGGACCUGGUGGCAUGCAAAACUAGCAGUGCAUCAAAGUCUGCCCCUAUGUGUCAGGAGCAGCCAGCAAAGAACCCCACCCAGUCAGACACCCUGGAGUUUCAGAAUUGUCCAGGAAGCAAUCCCCUCCCCGCCUCCCUUCCAAGGAGUGAGAGCAAACCUCAGAGCAACAGGGAGAUUAGUGACAUUAAUCAAAUUCACCUGGCACGGGGUGAACUCUGUGACCUCCAAGGUCGGCUACAAUCUGUGGAGGAAUCUCUGCACUCGAACCAAGAGAAAAUUAAGGUCCUUUUGAAUGUAAUUCAAGACUUGGAGAAAGCGCGAGCUCUCACUGAAGGGCGCAACUUUUAUCGAACCGGCCAAGACCUCAACAACUGCAGUACCUGCCAGAACACAGCGUGCAUCAUCUACAGUGUAGAGUAUGAUUUUCGGCAGCAGGAAGGAAGGUUCCACGAAGUUCUGCAGAGUCUAGAGGAAGUGGAACCAGUUGAAGAGGCAUCUUCCCCCCUAAAGUCCCCAGCAGAACCCCCGGUCCCUGAGAAACAGGAUCUGAGGCGGAAAACCAAGAAGGUGAAGCGGAAGUGCUUCUGGUGGAUCUGAGAUCACCCCCUGAGCUCCCACCUUCCUGCCUGAGCCUCUUGGGUUUCUCUGACAGGCCCCAGCGGGGAGCCCUUGACCUGUGAAACCGGGAGCUUGGGGCUGGUGUGGCCACCGCUGGACAGUUGAUCGCCCACCUGACCUGAGUGCGAGCCGCUGCUUCCCGAGGACUUCACAGACUCUGGCGUGACCACUUGCUGAGUUCCCUGUCGCACAGUCAGGCCUCAUCCCUGUCUGCUAUGUCCAGGUUCCCACCACGAGCAAAACCCCCACCAUGCUUUCCACACCUCCAGGAUGCUGAGCAUGUCAUCCCAUCCUGGGCUCAGGAACUCAGAAGGAAAAGAAAGAAAGGAAGGCUGGGCAGAGCAGGAAGACAGAGGAGGGCUAUCAGCAGAUGUCCUGGAAAAAAUCAGAUGAAAACACUUGGAGUUUCCUAGCUAUCAGCCACACGGCACAAGAGAAGUGCAAGGUCACCCUGGUGCAUUGGGUCCUUUUCAUUUUCAAUUAGCCACCCCAUCCCAAACCAAGGAGCACUGUCAUGCCGUGUGGGCCUUCAGUCCAUGCAGAGUAAGCCACCCCAGGGUAUCUGAGACUGGUUAGUGUGGCUGUCCUGGGUGAACAGAAUUCAAACAGGGUUCCUGAUGCUCUACAUAGUUCUUAAGCCAUCGAGCAUCUCUGCCCAGCCUCAGGCUCCCUGGAAAAUGGUUGGGAUCCAAUUGGUGUUUGACCUUUGAGCUUGCAGUUAGUUCUCCUGCAGCACUGGAGGGCCGGAGACUAGCAGCCUCUCAGUUACAUCUUAUCAGUGACAUAGAGAGGGAGGGCCUGAGACAUAAACUUUCCCAUCCAUUCAUCCCUGUGCCAGCCUCAUAGAUAGGAAAACGUACUAAUCCACUUGGUCUCCCUUCCCGGCGACCCAGCAAUGUUCACCUGAUUGAAGAGGCAGCAGGGCUGGGGGUGAGGAUAUACAUUUCUUCAUUCUAGCAUUAAAGACCUUUCCUUCCCAAAGUCUGAGUUCUUUGGGUUUGGCUCUUUCUUUUGACAGGACUCCUCUACCUGGGGGUCCAGUCAAACUUGCAUGGCUGUGCAAAGCCCUAAAGUCAAAUAAUUAAGUAAGUGCUUCAUAAUCUUGAGGGUGAGGGGUAGGGUAGCAAGGCUCCUUCCUGCACAUUAAAUUCUUUGCCAGUUUGUGGUUGGAUGGAAGCUGCCAGAAACGAGUCCUAAAGCUAACUUGGCCUUAAAUGAGGAAGGCCCUUCAGGGACUCUUGGCCCAGGACCCAGUGUCUCAGUGAGAGCCUUGGUGGAGCAUGGUAUCCAGUGUGUGCGUGGGGUGUGUGUGGACCCCACUGCAAAUUGAGGCUAACUGAACAAAGCACCCCACAGCUUCACCUUCCCCUCUCACAGCCCUGCAGUGCACAAAGCUAUUUCAGGGAGAGCAAGAGGGAAAUUUGGCAAGGAAUCUCGGCUUGCACUAUUUAAGUCUUUGAAUGUCAUUCAAGAUGCUCUUGUUCUGCUUCUAGUGUAAUGUUUAAACCCACAAAAUGAGACCGGAAUACAUAACGUCAAGUUAGAAUUAAGAUAAAUGCACUUGUCAUACUUAAGAAACCACAUUUCAAUAAGACAUGCUACCACUGGCUAAGAGCCACAGAUCUCUCUCUCUGUAUCCAUACAGUCUGCUCUCAGUGGGCCCCAGCAAUGGAAAAGAACAGCACAGAGGAUAAUCCAAUAGAGCAAAAUCAUUUGGGAUCUCUUAUGUAAUUUUCUCUUGUAGUAGAGUUUCCAUCUUAAUUUGGUUUGCUUACGCUAAUUUCAAAUGAAUUUAUAUUCUCGGGCAUCAUGCUGGAAUGAAAAUAAGCGUGUUUCCAGAAUGAAGAGACCCAGGCAACGUAGCAUUCUGUUCCACUAACCUGGGGCAAGUCGCUAACUUUUCAGGGCCUGACUGUCCAUCCUUGGAUGGUGGGAACGCCUGUUCUCCCUACUCUGCAAGAUCUGUGCACCUUCCAACUUCAAAUGAACAGCCACUCAGCUGAGUGGGAGCAUUUGCCCCCGUGAGCAUGGAAGGACACAGCUCACAGAAAAUGAAGAAGUUUGCCAAGUCACAAACACACCAGGCUGGGGCCUUGCAUAAACCCUCAACUGAAUUAAAUGAAAUCAGAACUGGAAAACGUUGAUGUUUCCAGAAAUAAAACCCAUGGAGGCUCUAAUGAUUCUAUACCAAAGCACAACACUGAAUUGCUUGGGCCACCGACCUGAAAAAGAGACAGAGGUCCCUUCUGAAAAUUGAACAUUCAAAAUCAUUAUGAGGAGAAAGGAUUUGAUAAACACCUUCCUGCUGAACAAAAAGGAUUGUCUCUGUGCUUAAACAACCACACAUACACACCAAAACUGUGUUCACCUACUCAUUGUAGACCGCUGCUCCUUUGUAAAGUGACAUCUACCAUGACAUUCUACAGAAAUGCUCCACUUGAGGUGAUGUGGUUUUGUGGAGAAAGAUUAAUUUAGCAAAAAUUACUUUUAUAAAAUUGAAGGGGAAAAGACUGAUAUAUCAACUGAAGUCGCAGGAGUUUAUGUAGCCGCUUUCUCUGUAGUUGAACAGUGUGUACCCGCCGCUCUGGAUCUCAGUAUCUGCUCCUGUAUAGAGCACCUUCUUAAAGACGAUGUACUAAUGUAAGGUUUUGUAAAUUUCUAAAUCGUUUUAAAUGGGAUAUUAUCUUUUGCAAUAAACUUACAUAUUUUUCCUAGG